AUGGGCGGUGCGGCCAGUGAGACUCCGGUCACCCUCUCCGCAGCUGGCAGCUUCUUGGUGUUCUUUUGCUACUUCUCCUACGUGCUGUUCUCAGUACCCCGACAUGGGGAAGUCCCCUACACGAACAGAUUGAACCGGCACAUCACAACGUCGAGGUGUGGCCUCUUCAUCGAGAUACUCAACGCCCUUUUCAGUCUGGCGACAUGCGUACUCUUCGUGCUCGAAACCUACUCCUUCGGGAAUAACUAUGGUUUCAUUGUGAUGUCUUUCUCCAUGGAGAUGGUGUUUAACGGGUUUUUCUUGUUCAACUUCCUUCUGCACCUCUACCUCGCCGUUGACAAGCUGACCCACCUGGUGUCUCUCCAAGCGGUGGUGGAUAUCGUCACAGUCUUUCCCUCCUACCUCAUUCUGUUCAUGAACGACGGAUGGAGAACGUCCGACGGGGGGUUCGCCGACGCCUACCUCGGCCUGAAGAUCACCCGGGUCAUCCGCGUGGCGAGGCUGCUGGUGACCAUCUCGUUCUUCGUGCAGGGACCCUCGCUGGCUUUCGACCACUCGAGGCAACUUCUUGUGCUGCGUUCUCAGCUGGUCCGCUGGAGCCUGAAGACCGUUUUGGUGAUCUUCACGAUGGCGGGGCUGACGAACUUCCUGGUGGUCGUCCAAGACGCCGACUGGGGCCUGGGGUACGGCAGGAUGCCCUUUCACGAGGCUCUCUACUUCGUCGUCGUCUCCUUCUCCACCGUAGGAUACGGCGACAUCAGCCCGUCUACUGCCCUUAGCCGGGUGGUAAUCACGGGUCUCAUCCUUACGCUCUUCUUCUGCGUUCCCUUGGUGACCAACGCGCUCGUGAAUCUCACGAAGCUCACUCCCAAGCACGGUGGCUGCCUCUCUAAGAGCUGGGGAACGGGUCACAUCGUGGUAGGCUGCGAUGCAAGCUGCCUCCGGGUGGUGAGCGUGCUCCUCCGCGACCUGCUGGCCGCGGAUUCGAUGGCCUACCACCAUGAGCACGUGGUGCUCGUCAUCCCGCAAGAGCCGACGCUCGCGUGGGACGCGCUGCUGUGCCUGCAGCCGUCCUUCGCGGUCACGUACCUGAAUGGCGAUCUCAGCUCCGCCAAAGACUUGCGCCGGGCGAGGGUCGCGAACGCCCGGGCGUGCUUCGUUCUCAGCGACCGCCUCGCCAACGACACGGAGGCGCAGGACAAGACGGCGUUGUUGCGGGCCCUCUCCACCAAUCAGGCGUCGCCCCCCGGGUCGUCCGUCCUCUGCCUCGUUACGCACAGUAGGUCCAAGGGCCGCCUGGUGAGGCUCGGGAUGCCGGAGGCCUCCGUGGUCUGCUACGACGAAGUGAUGGAAGGGCUCGUCACCCAGGCCUGCCUCAACCCGGGCUUUUCCACGGUAUGGACCAACAUGCUGUCGUGCAUGCCGGAGGCCGACUAUCUGCUCAAAACACGAGGGGCUGAGCAGGAUGUGACCAGAGACCCGGAAUCGACGGCGUUGUUUGAGACAGAAACAGAGUACUUACGGUCUUUGCGGCGAGUAACACUGCGGUUUCGACUGACCUGCUUCGCCGGAGAGUGCACGGGGGACGCGGCGAUCGAGCUUCACGAGAAGUGCGGCUGCAUCCUGUUCGCCCUCAUCUGUAACAUCUGUUCUGGCGGCCACAAGAGCAGAGUCAAGUGCGGGGCAGGCAAGCGAAGGCGGCGCUGCGUGCGAGUGCAUCCGGAUUAUGGAACCAUCAUUUCGAAGGAUGACGUGGGCGUGUUCAUCAGCGCGAACCACGAGUCAGCUGACCUUUUGGCACGAUACUGCACCGGAAGGGCAACGUCUGGAGCGGCCGCUACGGCGGCCCCAUCGAAGGCAUCAGGAACGUCUCUCCGGCGAGAGGGCUGGGUCGAGAACGCCUUCCUCGUGGCGGAAAACCCGCCGGUCGGUAAUCGGCAGCAUGGGACCCAGGAAAACCGGCAAAGGAAUGCUUCGAGCGGUGACGGUCGUUUCGAGCGCACAAUCUGGUCCGACGUCCACGACGCGGGGGGCGGCGCUUCCACACCCUCGGUAUUUCCCCUCGGCGAAAGCCUCGUUGGAACUCCACCGGGGGCCGUUCUCGUGAUCGCUCAGUCGCUGUCUUUCGCGCUGGGAGUGGUCCUCUCCCUGUGCGAGGCCGACGAUGAUCUUGAUGUCGAGGGUUCGCCAGCCUUGAGCGUUGUCUGUUCCCCGACCUGGUGGGACCCGGUUGCCGACGAGCGCGCAGAACGAGAGCUGGCGGCCCGUUUCCCCUGCGUCCGACUCGUCAAGCGGGAGACCGAGUACGAGUGCUUGCUCGAAGUGGGCGCGGACAAGGCCGACCUUGUCUGCGUCGUGUCCAGCCGGCCGGAAGACGAACCGACUACGCCGAAGACCGGGGGCGGCGGCGGUGACGGCGACGUGCUCGGGGACCACAGCGGCCGGGGGCAAGGGUCGGACGUGUGGGCCAUGGGGGUGGUCGUCGACGUCCUCGGCUUGGUGCCGGAGUCGACGCGGGUGGUGGUGAGGUUCGACGACUCUGCCAGCGCCGAGCAGCACCAGGUCAUCAGCGCGCACGUGCGGCGGCGAGAAGAUGCGCAAGAGACCGGGCGUCGGGAACGGGCCGCCGCAGAAAGCGGAGAAAAGCAGGGAGAGGAGAACUUAUUCGACGGCCGGAAAGAGCAGACAGAUAGAGCUACUCAACAGCAGCGCGAUGCGCCCAGGAACGAGAAUGCGGGCACGACGGUGGAAGACUCGGUAGACUUCGGUUACAGCGCCAGGUCUGGGGUUGGUGGGGGCGGGGUCUACUUCGACGACACUCGAGGCGUGGUGCGCGAGGGGUUUGACGAUUUUUUCGGCACCAUGUCAGGGUACGUGUCCGGGGACGUCGUCGUCGGCAAUGCCGCCGAGCUUCUCUUGCUUCAGACCAUGUUGGCGCCCGACAUCCAGUCUCUCAUGAGCGACGUCAUGCACCUCGUGUCUCGCGUCCCCAUCGAGGUCCUGUGGCCCGAACACUCUCCCAAUGCACGAGGAACAGCGGUCGGAGACAACAAUGACAACCGCGGCGACGGCGACAUAAGAAGGAGUCGGAUACGCCCUGUAACGUACGGAGAGGCCUUCCGAUUGCUCCUGGAAGACCGAGACCUGUUGGCUCUGGGGCUUCAUCGCCCGCCGACCCACGGCCGAGGACCCAGAAAAAUGGGUGGACGCGAGCGAUGGCGCUGCCCGGGUGGGUCGCGGUACGUGGCGAUCAACAGCCCUAGUGCGAGCUUUGCCCUUCGAGACGGCGACUGCUUCUUCGUCCUGCGACGACGGAGCCGACCGGUGAGCGCAUUCAACUCAGAGCCCGCGGUCGAUCCCCUGGUUACCGGUACCUGUGUGUCUUCCGGCGGUCGUGCCACGGCUGCCCUUGCGGCGACAGCCGCCGACCCCACAGAAGGGACGACCACGCCAGGGAAGGACACGCCGGAAAGAUUACAUGGGUGAAGAUUGCCCCGGGAACGCACAGUAGAACAAUCACGAAAUGACCUCUGGGCGGCCUAACGCCCCACGCCCGACUAGAGCACCCUUGUCGGCGGAAGUGGUGUGGGACACUGCGGUCGUGUCUUGUUCUAGCUUGCUCGAGGCCAGUGUGGCACGCACAAUGCCCACCCGCACGAAAGGGUGACGAUGAUGAAAAGUGUUGCUGGUCGUUCGUCGAUUGACAUGAAGCACUUUGUCCACGUAUUCCACGAUGUGCAGGGAGAAACAUGAAACACGCCGCUAGCGGGCUCCAACGAGUAGAGCCGUGCUAAAUAGCGUUGUUUAGUGCUUGCUACUUGAAGUACCUUUGAGGCGCAGUCGUACUCGGGUGUUACUAUCUGUUUUUCCUCUCGCAUGUGUAGGCCUGGCGUGUUUUGUUCUUCCCGCCCGCCGUUGACGCUAUGCGCUACUCCCGCGAUUGUCCAGGUGCCAUUUUCAGAUUGUUUUUUGACCCACAAGCGAAAUAAUGAAGCGUUGAG